AUGCUUCAGCUUAACGACACAGUGGAGCCCGAGAGUCCGGGAGCCGCGGUUCUCCUACCGGCCGAGGCUGAGGAAGGAGUGGAGGUUGCAUUCACGCCGCUGGAGGCCGGGCGUAGCCUGGGACACGGAGCCUCUGCAGCUUGCUGCGGGCCGCUGCAAACGCUGACGCCUUUCCACGUACAAAACCCCACAAUGCAAGCCAAAGUCAAGGACUACUUUGUGUUCCGGCCAGGUACCAUUGAGCAGGCAGUAAGCGACAUCAGGACUGUGGCUCUUCCCUCUGAGGAUGGAGAGGUGCUAAGCGUCUGGCUUCUGGCGCAGAUUGACCACUGGAAUAACGAAAAGGAAAGACUUGUCCUAAUCACAGACAGGUCCUUGCUGGUGUGCAAAUACGACUUCAUCAACUUGCUGUGUCAGCAGGUCGUCAGAAUCUCGCUCAACGCCGUUGACACCAUCUCAGUCGGCGAGUUUGAGUUCCCACCCAAAUCCCUGAACAAGAGAGAAGGUGUCGGGAUUCGCGUCCAGUGGGACAAACGUCCCCGGGCCUCUUUCUUGAACCGCUGGAACCCGUGGUCCACAGAUAUGCCCUACGCUACCUUUACUGAGCAUCCUAUGGCCCACGCAGAUGAGAAGGUUGCGUCCCUCUGCCAGCUGGACAACUUUAGGACCCAGUUGGUGCAGGCGGUGAAGAGAGCCCAUAAAGAGCACCCCAUCCCUGGUCGUGCCAAUGGAGUCCUGAUCCUGGAGAGACCACUUCUCAUCGAGACCUACUUGGGGAUAAUGUCCUUUAUCAAUAAUGAGGCUAAAUUGGGCUAUUCCAUGACUCGUGGCAAGAUUGGUUUUUAG